AUGUCAGAACAAGGUGGGUUGGUGGUAGAUUUAAAGGAGGUGGCGAUCUUACCCUCUGGUGCCAUAGCGGAGCCACAAAUACAAGGAAGCAGAAAGCCACGAGACGGUAAGAGUGUCGAUGGGAGAGGGGACACCACAGACGAGGAGGAGGAGGAAGAGGAGGAAAUGGCAAGUUCGGCUCACCUAGAGCCGAGCACUUUGCCGUGGCCCGGAGACCUGGGCAAGAGGCACCUGCUGGAGCAGGGGGGCGACAUCUCAGGGCCUGAGGAGAACGACACGGGCAUCAGCGGGGGCAGCCAGGACCUGUCGGAGGACCAGGCCCAGAUGGAGAGCCAGGCCAACAGCAAAGCCAGGUGGAGGGAGAGCAUGCCGGAGGGGGAAAGGUGGAGGGACGACGAGAUGGAGGCGCGGCGCUCCGAUAAAGGAGACGGCUCGCUCGCCGACGACGAGCAGGACGACGACGAUGAGGAGGAGGAGGAGGAGGAAGAUGGAGAGCUGGUCCCAGAGAAACACGCUCUGGGCUUCACGCCGCUGGUGACGAUCAUGAACCCGGCCGGCCGAGACCCCCGCGAGGAGAGGAAGCUCCUGCCGGAGGAGGCGGCGGAGAGGGAGCCGCAGGCGGAGGCGGAGGUGCAGUUCUACCCCGAGAUGGACAUGCAGGACGACAGCUACAACAUGUGUGAGAAUCUGUGCAGCGAGAAGCUGCGGCUGGUUCUGGCCACGCUGGCCGCGGGGCUGCUCUUCCCCCUCCUGGUGUGGGGGGGCUACGAGCUGCUGCCCUUCGACUGCCCGCUGCUGGACAGCGCCCCCCUGCGGGUGGUGUACACGCUGCGCUGCUCCUUCUUCGCCCUCACCCCCAUCCUACUGGGUGAGUCGGCCGCCUCGCUCGGCGUGUCCAGUUUGAGCAGAGUGGAGCGUGGCGUGGGGGGGUUAACCUAUCCCGUGCCCCCUCCAGGCGUGCUGGUGCAGGGCGUGGCCCGGCUGCGCUACGGCGCCCUGGCGCCGCUCUAUCAGGGGCACCAGCUGAACAGGGAGGUGAUGGUGCACGGGCACUUCGUCAACGAGUCGGUGGCCCUCUUCCUCUUCUACUUCCUGCAACUAGCCGUCAUGGCCACCUACGUCAGCCAGGACCUGGUGAAGCUGGUGCCGCUGCUCAGCAUCGUCUUUGUGUUCGGCAGGCUCAUCUACUGGCUCUGCCUCUGCCUGGGCAGCAGCGUCCGGGCCUUCGGCUUCGGAUUCUCCUUCUUCCCCAUUCUGGCCAUGCUGGGCGCCAACUUCUACUUCGUGUGCUCGUCGGUGGGACCGGGCUCGGUGUUCGAGGUUGCUCCGCCCACCACGCCCCCCCCUCCCAGGGCACGCUGGUGGGGUUAA